AUGGAUCCCGAUUCCGAAAUCGCGAUCGACUAUUCUCCAAGGUUCCGGAUCUUCAAGAGUGGCCGAAUCGAACGCCUCGUGGUCCGAAACUUCGUCUCGCCGUCACUAAACCCAACAAACGGCGUCAUUUCCAAAGACGCCGUCUAUUCAUCGGAGAAUAACCUCUCUCUCCGGAUCUUCCUUCCUCAGAAAGCGGUCGAAACCGGAGAAGAGAAGAAGAAGAAGAAGCUCCCGCUCCUUGUCUACUUUCACGGUGGAGGUUUCGUCAUGGGAAGCCCUUUCUGUACGAUGUACCACCCUUUUGUCACAUCGUUGGUCGCAGCCGCAGAUUGCAUCGCUGUCUCGGUGGAGUACCGGCGUGCGCCUGAGCAUCCGAUUCCCACCGCGUACGAAGAUUCGUGGGAAGCGAUCAAAUGGAUCUUCACUCACGUCGCCGGAUCUGGUCCGGAAGAUUGGCUGAACGAAAACGCCGAUUUCGGUAGAGUGUUCCUCGCCGGAGACAGCGCCGGAGCGAACAUCGCGCAUCAUAUGGGAAUCAGAGCUGGAAAAGAGAAACUCAAGCUGGACGGUGAUGAUUUCAAAAUAUUUGGGAUGGUUCUGUUUCACCCGUAUUUCUGGUCGAAAGCUCCGAUCGACGAGCAUGAGACGAAGGAUGUGGCGGAGAGGAGACACGUGGAAGGGAAGUGGGAAAUCGCGAGUCCUAACAGCGAAAACGGAGUGGAUGAUCCUUGGAUCAACGUUGUCGGGUCGGAUCUAACCGGAUUGGCUUGCGGGCGGGUUUUGGUGAUGGUGGCCGGAAACGAUAAGUUUGCGAGGCAAGGCUUGGCUUACUCGGCGAAGCUGGAAAAGAGUGGAUGGCAAGGGAAAGUGGAGGUGGAGGAGACUAAGGAAGAAGGUCACGUUUUCAAUAUUAGGGUUCCUGAUUCUGAUAAUGCUCGUCUAGUUUUACAGAGGUUUGCAGAGUUUCUUAAAAGACGAGACAAGUUAUUAAACACACACAUCUAA